CACUGCAGCCAGCCACAAUGUGUGUCAGAGGACUGUCUGUACUCGCAACGUAGAUGAGCGCUUCAAAUCUGGUGUCUGUAUUACUGACUGCGCGAGACUGCGAGAGAAUAAAAUUGGUUCGCACAUUAUCAUCCCAAGUCAGGACAAGGUUUCACGAUUGAGGGAUAGAAUGCCGCUGAUCACAAGUAAAAACUCCGAUUUGGAGUUUGACUCCUUACAACCUUGUUUCUACCCGGAUGAGGACGAGUUCUACUUCUGUGGUCCCGACUCUGCGCCACCGGGGGAGGACAUCUGGAAAAAAUUCGAGUUGCUGCCCACUCCGCCCCUCUCCCCGAGCCGAGCCGCGCUACCGGGGGAGCCGGCGAGUGCAGACCCGGAAGCAGACCCACUUGGGUUCGGCUUGUGUGACCCACUGGACUGGGCUUCCGAGCUGCUGCUCCUGCCAGAGGAUGAUAUCUGGGGCGCGUCCUACGAUGGGGACCUGUUCGGCUCCGCUUUGGAUACUAACCCCAACAGCAUCAUUAUCCAGGACUGUAUGUGGAGCGGCUUUUCUGCCAGGGAAAAGCUGGAGCGUGUGGUCACGGAGAAACUCGGGAAAGCCAUCUCCACGGCCACAGCGGGCGGCAGGAGCGUGUGCGUCAAGGCGCCGGAGACGGCCAGCAGCCGCAGCUCCAUGUCAGAGUGCGUGGACCCUGCGGUAGUGUUUCCUUUCCCGGUGAACAAGAAGAGCAGCAGCAGCAGCAGCAGCAGCAGCGGCAGCGGCAGCAGCAGCAGCAGCAGGAGUUGCGGCAGAGACUCAGCCGGGACCGUUAACGCACAGACAAACCACGGGAACACAUCCAGUGACUCAGAAGAGGAAGAUGAUGAUGAAGUAGAAGAGGAACACGAGGAGGAGGAGGAGGAGGAGGAAGAGGAAGACGAGGAGGAGGAAGACGACGAAGACGACGAAGAGGAAGAGGAGGAGAUCGAUGUGGUUACAGUAGAGAAGAGGCGCUCCACAAUCAACAAAGCGUCCCCCAUGGCAACAGGCACUGUCACUAUCUCCGUUCAUCCCAGGAGUCAGGACGCAAGAGGAACCGUCUCAGGGUCCGGCGUGGUGAGCCGGUUCGUCAGCCGAGCUCCCCAGGAGCUGAUCCUGAAGAGGAGCUCAGUACACCAGCAGCAACACAACUACGCAGCGCCCUCGCCGUACGCUUCAGACGACGACCCCGCACCGCCGUCGAAGAAGCAGAAAACGUCAGACGCCCCGCGACCUCCCGCCAGAACCAUCUCGUCGUCGUCCUCCUCCUCGUCGUCGUCCUCCAUGUUCUGCAGUUCGGUCACCAGCACGCGGAGCAAGCGCAGCACCAGCGGCGACAGCAGCCCGCGCGGCAGCUCCGACUCGGAGGACAGCGAGCGCCGGCGCAACCACAACAUCCUGGAGCGCCAGCGCCGCAACGACCUGCGCUCCAGCUUCCUCACGCUGCGCGACCACGUGCCGGAGCUGGCACACAACGAGAAGGCAGCGAAGGUGCUGAUCCUGAAGAAGGCGACAGAGUACGUGAGCUCGCUGGAGACGGCGGAGAUGAGGCUCCAGCAGGAGAAGGACAGGCUGCAGGCCCGCAGGCAGCAGCUGAUGCGCAGGCUGGAGCAGGCAAGGACUCGCUAACAGACAACCGAUACAACACAGAAACACUCAUAUAAACCCUGGACGAACCCCCUCUUGUCUCAACUCAGUCUGCCUGAAACAACAUUUAGACCCAAACACAGGCCUUUACACUUCAGCACAGACACAAAAGGCCUGCAUAUCUGUUGUAUUAUGUGCGCACACAAACACAAUAUCUCAGAGGAUGUUUAUCUUCAGACGCCAGCACACGCCUGGAGGAGGAGGAGGAGGAGAA